AUGGCCUCACGACCAAAAAUAAUGUAUGAUGGGCAGUUUAAUAACAUUCUGAAUUUUCGUGAUGUUGGGAAAACUAUCAAUGAUUUCUUGGGGCGAGAGUAUGUACCUACCCUCCAAAAAAAAAAAAACCAUAAACAGAUUGGAACUGAUUUGUACCUUCAAGACUUAUCAAAGAAGGUCGAAUAUAUCGCUCUGCAAGGCCAGAGUGGUGAGCUCUGGCAAAGACGAAUUAUGUUGACGAUUUACCCGGUAGACGAUGCUACGAUGGCAGACAGGCAGCGAAUUAAAGAUCAUUAUGGCAUCAAAACCAUCUUGGACCUUCGAACAGUGACAGAACAUGAUAAGCAGGCAAAGAAACGGGUAGCAGAUAUGAGAGAUUCUAUUCUCAUAGAAUCAAACAGUGCACUAAAUGAAUCAGUGAAGAUACCGGGAAUCAAAUAUCUCGAGAUCAACGUGAAUGGAAAAGGGUUUGAGAGAAGUUUAGUAUGGCAAUUAUCACCUUAUAGUAUCAUGAAAUUGAUUGGUCUGAUGGGUUUGGGAUAUCGUUUGGAGGCCAUCGGGAUUCUAGGGCGACAGGUUUUGCAACCUAGAGGACUUAUAGGAUUGGGAUACGAUACGAUUCAUCACUGUGGUCCGGAACUUGCUUCAGUUCUCAGGACUUACUGCUCUCCAGAAAAUUAUCCGAUUCUGGCCCAUUGUACGCAAGGAAAAGAUCGUACUGGACUUACCAUCGCCUUGAUUCUAUUCAUCCUCGAGAUACCCAUAGAGGCCAUAUUACAUGACUAUCUCAUGAGUGAAGAAAAAUUACUCCCUGAGAGAGAAUCUCGUUUAAAGGAAAUCCAUGAGAUCGGUCUGAGUGAUGAUUUUGCUGGCUGUCCCGUGGAUUUCAUCGAGAAGAUUUAUAAGUAUCUGGAAGACGCUUAUGGUGGUAUUGGAAAUUAUUUGACGACGAUUGGUUUCACGGAGAAUGAACGAACGGCUCUCGCACAAGAACUGAAGGCAUAG